AGCGCAGCUGCUUUUGUUCACAGGUUAUUCACCACAAACCUCAGCGCAGAUUUCCCCAGAAUUCAUGCAUGCGCCUAAGACGCGUCUCUUUGGUUUCUCUCGUCACUGUAGCUAUAUAUCCAUGACGAUCAACGGCAAUGGUCCUGGCCGUGUGCUUGUCUAUUCGCAUUCCUGGCUUCCUGGUCAAGUUGAUGGAGUUGCUGUACGAAUGAUGGCACAUGUACAUGCAAUGGCUAAGCGGGGUGUGAAGGUCCUGCUUGUAACACCAGAUUUCGUUGUAGAUGGACUCCCUUUGCCCAAAUUUGAUGAUAUUCCAGGUGUCGAGCAUGUCACCUUGCAAACUCAAAGAACACCAGUCUAUCGAAAGAACAUGUGCAUGAAAAUGUCCUUCGAAAAUUUGAGAAGGCUUUUGAACGUCAUGCGGCGGUUUCAGCCUGAUUUGGUGCACGGGACACAAGAAGCAUCGCUUCAAGUCCUGGUGACAGCAUGUGCUUUGUGUGAUGUCCCUUUGAUUAUCUCACUGCAUACAGAUGUUGCUCAAAUUGCUGCUCGCGAUCAAGGCUUUUCCUCUUUGGGUGGUGUUGUAGGACGACUGCAUUCAGGGGCUGCUGUUUGGUGCACUCACUGGGGAUAUCGAAAUUGGGCAUUGGCUGGUGCGAACUACUUCCCUGUUUCCAAGCAGUCUAUGGUCAUACUUCGGAAUGCUGGUGUGCCGGAGCAACGAGUUGCACCAGUUAUUUGGGGUCCGAUGGUUGACCGCGAUCAAUUUCGGGUGGAUCUUCCAGAUGAAAAGAUCGCAGAAACUCGCAAACGCUUGAGCUUCGGAAUGGAUGACUGCUUUCUCAUGGUGUAUGUUGGACGAGUCACUGCUGAGAAGGACAUCCAGUUUCUGAUGGAUGCUCUUAAGCGGGCUCCUAAGCAUGUGAUUCUUGCGCUGAUUGGGCCUGGGUCCAUGGCUGAAGAACUUAAGCAAUUUCAUGGGCCAGAGCACCGGCUGUAUUGCACUGGGGAAUUUGCAAGCAGAGAUGAAGUGGCUUUAUCCUUCCGAGCUGCAGAUAUUCAUGUUUCCGCUAGCAGAAUGGAGACAGUUGGCUUCACGGCCAUGGAAGCCAUUAGCUGUGGUACACCCAUGUUAGCAGCAAAUGCACAAGGUUAUGCCAUGUACCUGACACAUGGUGUGAAUGCCAGACUUUUUGUACCUGGAAAUGCAGAAUCCUUUGACUUGGAACUGGCAGAGAUUAUGAAGAUCAAGCGCGAAGGAAACUGGUCCCGGGAGUCUGUGCGUUCAACUAUGGAGAUGGCCUCCAUCGAUGCAUGCACUGACCGAGCCUUUCAAGCAUACUUGACAAGUCCUGCUACUGGAUGGCGCUCAAUUCGCCUAGUAGUCACAUUGUUUUAUUUUCUCUUGAACAUGUUCUUUGCCACUGUUAUGGGAUGAGACUUCCACAAUGCGGAUGUGCCUCGCAUGCCUUUCGACCACCACUUGCAUACAUCUGAUUUGGAUACCUCAUUCGGACAAGGAUCGGAACAAGUGGUGGACACGCCCAGACCCUAUACACGCCGGUCUCACACCAAUCAGAUGUUUGGCAUCGACUUGACUCGAUGUUCUCAUUUUGCGCUUGCUGACUCUAUUUUGCAUUUUCCCAGAAUGAGAGGACUGGAAACUAGUCCAUGCGAGAGUUUUGCCUUUAGCUUUGCAGAUGCAA